AGAUGUGACUGAAACGCUCAGCUUCAAAGGUAGCUCUGUUCUGCUGCUUCCACUUUUGCAGUUCUGUGAUGGAAGGUGGAGGCAGACAAAAGAAAUGUCAAACUAUAGCUGGAAUGUUACUCUUGUGCGCUAUAGCCUUGAGUUUAGCCUGUUUUAUUUUGCAUGGACUGACCAAAAUAGUUAAACAAGAAAAAGAUAUUGGUGAGGCUGCAACCUUAGAGGCAAUGAAAGGAAGCAUUCUAAUUAAUGGGAAAGAACUUGAUUUCCAGUUAGAGUCUGUGUCUGCCUCGGAAAGUAAUGGAUUACUGCAUAAUGAUGUAACACAGCCUGACGACACAGAGCUGUUUGAUGAUAUGACUGAAAAAGCAGUGUGGAGGCGCUUGAAUUUUUCAAUUCACUGUGGCCUUAACAAGAUGAAACUGGUAGUUAUGGGAGGCAGUGCUGCUGAGUUACAACUGGAUGUGGGCUAUGCCCACCGUUUGCCACUGAGCCAGGUGCCUGAAACUUGUGGUUAUUCAACAAAGCUGAAUGCACUAGGCCUUGUUUUGAUUGUGCCUUUUCAUGGUUGCAAUGUGAAACAAGAGAAUGGAAGAUACGUGUUACCAAUGAGCUGGCGGGAGACUCCAGUUACUGUCACCUGCACUAAGUUGCCAAGUCUUGAUGAAACGGCUAUUUUGACAACCAAAGAGCCUGUGCAACAGUCCUCUGAAUUUCCUUUACCUCACCACCCAUGGAGCCUUCAGCGUUCCAAACGACAUCUAAAAUGGCCUCCUAUCAGACAUUAUCGUUGGUAUCCAGGUUACCCACAUUUCCACUGUAUAUAUGCAAUGCCACCACCCACAACCACCACUACAACCCCUACACCAAUUUUAUGGAAUCCUCACAUAGAUCCUCACCUUUUACACAAACUACUUGCCCUUCAAUUUUUCCAUAGCAAUAAUUUUCAAAGGCCCCAGAAUGAUCAUGUUUACAAGCAUCUUGCACAGCAACUGUUGCCACAUAUGCUUGAAAGGCCUGUUUCUCAGCCCAACCAGCAUUUAGUUGGGAAGUAUUUGCUUUCGAAAGUUCAAACGCUCACUAUUCCUGAAAAAAGCACCAACCAAAAAAGUUGGUGGUAGCUGCAUGAGCCCUUUUCACAAUUGUUAAAUGGCUUUUUUGGGGGGGAUGGUUUAGGCCUGGAUGACCAGCAAUGCAUAACAGAACUGUGUUUAAAACCUUGUGACUGUCACCCAGUUUAAUCACUUAAUGGUCCAAGAUAGUUCUGAGACUGGGGAUAUUUAAACUGAAUUAAAUUAAGCUCUUGUAAAUGUGGAAUUUUGAAUGUCAAGUUUAAUUAUUCUGUGACUUUAAUUUUUCAGAUGUGACACUGUAUGUUAAAUAAAUGGAUUUUUCUUGGAAGUA